UUUGACACGUUUGAGACACCGUAACUCCGCCUUGGUUUUAUGCACAUGAUAACUAAACUCUCAUAUAGAAGUAGCUGACAACUUCAAAACGGGUCUUUUGCAGAACUAACAUGAGUUCAUUAAAAGGAAAGAUUAUUACAGUGGUCGGAAGUGGGCUCAUUGGCCGCUCCUGGGCCAUGGUGUUCCUGAGUGGAGGAUACAAGGUUAAGAUCUAUGACAACAAACCGGGGCAAGCCUCAGGAGCCAUCACAGAAAUCAGGAAACAGCUUGAAGAACUUCAGCAGUCUAAAAUGUUGAGAGGAAAUCUCAGCGCUGCAGAACAGACGAGUCUGCUCAGCAGUCAUGAUGACCUGCAGCAGGCCCUACAGGAUGCUUUCUUUGUCCAGGAAUGUGUGUUUGAGGACCUGGAAGCCAAGCAGACAGUCUUUCAAGAGGUGGAGAGUCUUGUCAAAGAAAGUGUAAUUCUCAGUAGUUCCACUUCCUGCUUGAUGCCCAGCAACGUGUUUUCUCGGGUCCAGAACCGGACCCGAUGUAUCAUAUCUCAUCCGGUAAACCCACCAUACUAUGUGCGUCUGGUGGAACUGGUGCCACACCCGGAAACACUGCCUGCUGUCAUGGAUGUCGCCUUUUCACUGAUGACCGAUGUUGGUCAGGCACCUGUGCGUCUCAGGAAGGAAAUUGACGGUUUUGCAUUGAACCGUGUUCAAUAUGCAAUCAUAGCCGAGUCCUGGAGGCUAGUUCAGGAUGGCGUGAUCUCAGUAAAGGACAUUGAUUUGGUGAUGUCCGAGGGCCUGGGCAUGCGUUAUGCUUUUAUUGGUCCCAUUGAAACCAUGCAUCUCAACGCACCGGAAGGUAUGGAAGACUAUCUCCAGCGCUAUAGUGAGGGCAUAAAGAGGGUUCUUAAAUCUUUUGGACCUGUUCCAGAAUUUUCUGGAGAUGCAGCAGCUAGAAUUACAGAAGAGAUCUGUGAGCUGAUCCCUGCAGACCAGGAGCAUCUCACAGCCAGGAGAGAGAGAAGAGAUCAACUGCUGAUGGGACUGGCUAAGCUGAAGAAAUGAUGCUGCGCCAUUAAAGACCUGAAUUAAAGGGAGAUCAUCUGAGUCAGUGAUGUCUUUGUGUUUUUGGAAACACCAAGAACUGGUAGAUCUCCACUAAUGAGCAACAACAUUAUUCAAUUAAAAAAUUACUGUAAUAAAAGCUAACCUCAAAUGGCUCAAGAGUGAACAUGCAGGGAGUUAUAUUUAAUUAUGUAAAUACAUUUGUGAAUUAUCCUAAAGAAGUAUUUGAUUUGUAAGAAAUACUUGUUUCACUGAAAAGACUGAAGCACUUUUUUCCUCAAGUGUACUGUGAAAUGUACAAUUAAAGGGAAAAUUAAAUCA